GCCCCUACCGCGACCUUUUCAAUAGGCAUGAGGCUAAGUAUACUAUACAGGUUUCCUCAUGACUGCUGUUCUCCAAACUCACGAACUGCCCAUUUCUAAACGAUCCCCAAGAACAUGGCCGCAGAUUUUGAAUGCAGCUCUGUUUCUUAUUGUCUUCAUCUCAGGAUGUGUAAUGGUUAACGGGUUCCAGUUUGUAUUUCUAUUGCCUUUACGAUUAUUUCCUUUUCCGUGGUCGAGGACAUUGUAUGAUGAGGGCAUCAGGUAUACCAAAGAAGCCUUCGCGACUCUUAUGAUUCUCAUGAACCAGUGGUUUGCCCCUACCCGAUUAUCAGUCACUUUCGAGACCCAAGGUCAAGGGCGGUUCACAGAAGAGGAGGUUGAGCGGAUAGUCAAGAGAGAUGCUGCAGGCAAGGUCGUGUCCUUGCGCUUGCCUGCCAAAUCCGUUAUCAUCGCGAACCACCAAGUCUAUUGCGACUGGUGGUACGUUUGGUGUCUUACUUAUUUUGCGGGAACACACAAAGAUGUGUUCAUCGUGUUGAAGAGAAGUCUAAAGUGGGUUCCUAUCCUGGGAUGGGGCAUGCAAUUCUAUAAUUUUAUAUUUCUAGCACGAUCAUGGGCAUCCGAUAGACUACAUCUAAGUUCACAACUAUCGAAACUGGGGAAACAAGCGCAGCAACAGGACAAACCACUCACAUUCAUACUAUAUCCGGAGGGAACUCUCGUAAGCAGGGAUACACGACCCAUCAGCAAGAGAUAUGCUGACAAGCUUGGAACACCUGACUUACUAAAUGUAUUGCUGCCUCGUUCAACGGGUUUACACUACAGUCUUCGCUCUCUUACCCCUCGUAUACCAUCGCUGAGGAUGCUUGACAUCACUAUAAUUUAUCCCGGUGUGCCACCCAUGGGUUAUGGGCAAUCAUACUACACCUUGCGAUCCAUCUUUCUUGACCGUACACCGCCCCCGGUCAUACAUAUGCACCUGCGAAUGUUCGACGUUGCUCGUGAUGUUCCCAUCGGAGACAUAUCAACGACGAAUCCCGAUGCCAUCCCGAAUAGCGGCGCUGUCGAGGUCGACUUCCCAGAACACGAGAAAGUCGAGUUCGACCUGUGGCUGAGGAAACUAUGGACUGAGAAAGACGAAUUUAUCACAAAGUUUCAUAGCACACCAUCCUUUCCCUCUGGUACGAAGGCUCCAGUAGACAUACCGCUCGAAUUACGUCAUAUAUGGGAGAUACUCGAUGCGUUCUGUUGUUUUGGUCCAGCUGUUGUAGGUUAUCUAUGGGCGAAGUUGACAAAGGCUUCCCUUUUCUGAGCUUUAUGGCUUGCUUUAUCUAUCGCUUUCACAACCUCGUUUGGAUAUCUCUCGUCUGUUGUACUCGCACCGACUCUCAAUAUAUGUUUUACCUAGGA